AUGCACAAUCUGGAUGGAAUUGCUAUUGUGAAUUAUCUCAAGAGCGAGCGUGGCUUUAAGAAAAUUGCAGUCCAUGGCGAAUCCAUCGGCGGUCUAGUGGCCACAUAUCUAGCUCGUAAUUCUCCUCACGUGGACGCUCUUAUAGCAGACCGAACGUUCAGUACAGUGCCAGCAUUAGCCCAACGAAUGAUCGCCAAAUGGGCAGGAACGGUAGUCGACCGGGUCAUGCGCUGGGAGACCGACAAUGUGCAGAAUUAUCUCGAAGUGACUUGUGCCAAGCUCUUGUGUUCGGAUCCGAGCGACGAGAUCAUUUUAGACGGAGCUUCACUCAAGUCUGGGGUGGCCCUAAGCCUUGAAUUGGGAGAUAAGACGUUCAGUCUACGUCGUCAACGUGUAGCAGACGGCACGCCUACGUCGCCUGCGUUAUCCACAAAUGCUGCUCGGACAAUUCGUAGACGAUGUGGUCCUCGCAGUACUCGUCGAGUAAGUGAAGCUGCGAGUCGGCCACAACUUGGACAGCCCUUGACCGAGACGAUGGCAGCUCGCUUUAGUGACGCUGUUCUGUCUGUUGGAAGACGGGCACUGGAAUACACUACACGGCGUGAUAGGGACGCUGGAGAUCGUGAGAAAACACUCGAAGAAGGCGAGAAACCCGCGACUUCAAGCCACGUCACUAUUGCCGUCCAGGAAUCUCAAUUACAAGAUGAAAAUGCUGCAGAUAGCGAGCAGCAUCCGAUGCUUUCUACUGACCCGACAGCUCCCAUUCCUAUCACCACAACGGCAGCCUUUCCUGAUGAAUUGUUAGCAGUUGUUUGGAUGCAACUCGCACGAUUGGAUGGAUACUGCGGCCAGGUGCUUCUUCAGGCUGCAGAGAACGGAGGUUAUGACAAGAUCCGCGCUUGGACAGCUUCGUUAUUGGCGUGGGGCGGUCGUGUAGCUCCCGAGCGGAGAAAUGUGCGUUCGAUUGAGCCUUUCGACCGCAACGGCAUCUUUAUUGUGCCGAUUACGGUCGCAGAGGCUCAUGUGAUGCUGCAGCAUCUUGUAGAGCAGUAUCCGCCUCUCAAGUUCGACUACGAUAUCGGGUUUGUUGUUCUUAUGCUCGAGUAUUUAAAUGACUCGUUGGAGAGACGAUGGCGGCAUCUGGACAGCACCAAGACCAGCGAAACCGCUGCGAAAAGUGAAGCUGCUCCGAGUGACAAGUGCAGCAAGAGCGCUGAUAAAUCGACUGAGCGCGAGGCUGUUCCGUUGGUGAUCAACACAGGUGAUCCCAAACUAGGCUGCCUGUUGCCUCUGCAUUGCGGCCACAAUAAAAACUUCGACGAAACAGAGAAGCAGGCACUGAUAUGCUUCCUCCGUCAUGUAGGCUUCGUGGGACCAGCCAAAUAGAUACAAAUAAAUGCACAAAAGAAGUGGUGGAGC